AUGUUUUGCAUGAGCUUCUCUGUAAGAACUACGAAUUUGGAGAAGAGACCAAUCGACCAGGAGUCACUAGUAGAAAAGAAAACUCCUUCGGGGAUUAUCAAAUCUAUAAGAGGGAAACAGGUUGCUUUUUCCAUAUCCACCUCGGCCCACUGCUAUAGCUUUAGCUGGACUUCUUUAUCUCGUGAAAACUUUGACCUUUCCAUCAAAUCUCUCAUACCUUCUCUACUAUUGGAACUACUCAUAGGUGGGAUCGUGUACGAUACGAAACUUGGUGACAAGAUGGGCUUUUUUAUGUCGAGAAAAGGUUUGAUAGCUUGGUUCGUCGUGCAAGUAACAGUCCUUGUGGGUUUGACUGUUUUACUCAUUCACGAUAAAUUCCCGACUUUGAUGUUGGACCUGUGGGUUGAACUAUUGUUUAUAUCCUAUCCUGUCUUAAUCAUCGUUAACGGUGUCAGGAAACUCUCUCCUGGCCAAGAUUAUGUAGCUGCCACAUUGCUUUCUCUCAUAAUUCCUAUGCUAUCUUCAGGAGUCAUGCUCUUACUUGAAUAA